ACUAAUGAAACUCUUAUAUCCAUUGUUUUUUAUUAUGGUUCCUAAUGUUUGGACCUUCAAGAUAGAGCUACGUGUUUGGUGGGAGAAAUCUUGCGGACCUUCCUACCUAUUGUGAGUAAAUUAGAUCCGGUCGUUUUCAUAGAUUUGGCUCUCUCAGUGUAAGAACAAAUUACAGCCUCUAAAAUUUCAUCCUCUCAAAUUUCAUCCCGCCUAAUGCCUACCACACGCAUCAUCUUCCCUUCUUUUUGUUUCAACCACCAUUACUUGAUCCAGUUUUAAAGAAUGUCAAUUCUCAUGCCUACAACUAAUCUUUCUUGUGACUCUAUCUAACAAAAACAUAGUCAGGAAAAACUACUCAGACCUACUCAUACCCAAUCUAACUCCUGUUCCUGAAAUCUGUAAUCCAAAAAUGGCACUCAUUUGUGCCCCAAAUCCAUUGAUUUUAAAAUCCAACAAGCCGCAGGUCGCCAGAUUUGGAGCACAAAUCCGCCAUGUGCCUACCUGUAUCCCCUACCCAUGUCAUCGCAGUUUGCAGAACAAAUUACCCACAGAAAGAAUUAGAAGAAAUAGAAUUGUAUGUGAAAUCGCUCUGGAGGAAACAGUGGCAUCAGUAGAAGACCUGGAACUCAAAGCUAAAGUGGGUGACAGGGUUAAAGUUAGAGGACCCUUGAAGGUAUAUCAUAUUCCUAAAACGCCAGAGUUCGAUAUUGGGGGCAUGGAGGGUGAAGUCAAAGAUUAUGUGGGUGUCUGGAAAGGUAAGCAUAUUUCUGCCAAUCUGCCUUACAAAGUACAGUUCACCAUGGAAGUAGAUGGGCGCUCUGUUAAAUUUUUCACCCAUUUGAAGGAGGACGAAUUCGAUGUGGUGACUUGAUUGAUCUUAAACUCCCUAAGAAAUAAAUACCCAUUUGUAGAAAAGGAAAAUUUCCAUGAGCUGCGCACUUGGGCUGUGCAGGGACUGGUACUCCUCCCUCGUCUCCACAGAUUGAUCUGCCCUUGUAGUUUGCAGCAAGCCCCAUAUUAUAUCUCAUCAUGUGGAAUUUGAAAGUUGGAUCAAGUUAAUUUACAGAAAAAAUGGCGUUGCCCUAAAAUGAGUGCCCAUUUGUUCUUUUCUGGAAAUCCUACAUUAUAUUAGUUGGGAUUAUUUAGUGUCAAUUUUCCAGAACUUGCCUGUAUAUUUUGGUUGUUACCCUCUUUGUCAGUACAAGUGCUUCUAUUGUGUUUCUGCUGAC